AUGGGCCAGAAUGCAACCCCUCCUCUGCCGGAAGGCAUUUUCUCACUUCUUGAUACCGAUUUGUACAAAUUGACCAUGCAAUGCGCUAUCUUGAAGUACUUUCCAGACGUUCAUGUGACAUAUGGCUUCACGAACCGAACGCCGCACAUGAAGUUGCGCCGAGGCGCCUACAAAUGGCUUCUGGAGCAGAUGGACAAGCUCGCCAAUGUCCGCGUCACGCCGGAGGAGCGCGCAUGGCUCAAGAAAAAGUGCCCGUACCUCAAUGAGACCUACCUCACUUUCCUGGAAACCUUCCAGCUCAGACCCCAAGACCAGAUCGAUAUCAAGUUCACCCCAACGCAGGACACUGGCAGUGAUGAGGACGAGGGCGAUGUGGAGUACACAAUUAAAGGUCUCUGGGUGGAGACUAUCCUCUACGAGAUCCCGCUACUGGCUCUGACCAGUCAGGCAUACUUCAUGUUCAGUGACACGGACUGGGAUUACAGCAAUCAAGAAGAAAAGGCGUUCAGGAAGGGCUGCGAUCUUCUCAAGAAUGGUUGCGUGUUUUCUGAAUUUGGCUCCCGGCGGCGAAGAGAUUACCAUACCCAGGACCUCGUGAUGACAGGCCUAUGUCGGGCUGCAGAGGAAGGCAAGCGGCAAGGAUGGAAAGGUGUCUUUACUGGCUCCAGCAACGUGCAUUUUGCCAUGAAGUACAAUGUCAGCGCCGUUGGCACUGUGGCUCAUGAGUGGUACAUGACCAUCGCCGCGAUCACAGAGGACUAUGAGAACGCUAACGAGCUCGGCCUACGUUACUGGCUCGGCUGUUUUGGUGAGGGAGUUCUUGGCGUUGCCCUCACUGACACCUUUGGCACGCCAGCCUUCCUUGACGCUUUCCGAAAGCCCGUCAUGGAAGCUCCCGUAGACAGUGACGCUUCGGCGAAUCCCCCAGUCACGUCCGAUAUCCACGCUGACAAGUCCCAUACGACCAAGACGUAUGCCCAAGUUUACGCAGGUGUUCGUCAAGAUUCCGGCGACCCAACCUACUUUGUUAAGAUGGUCCGCGACUUCUAUGACCGCCAAGGUAUCACUGAGAAAAAGACAAUCGUUUUCUCGGAUUCGUUGGACAUCGUGCAUUGUCUGGAAUACAAAGCCAUUGCCGAGGAGGCUGGUUUCAACCCCACAUUUGGCGUCGGCACAUUCUUCACAAAUGAUUUCACCAACAAAUCCAAUGGUCAAAAAUCCAAGCCCCUCAAUAUCGUCAUCAAGAUCGCCACCGCGAAUGGUCGGCCAGCCGUGAAGCUGAGUGAUAACAUGGGCAAAAACACCGGCGACAAGGCCAAAGUUCAAGAGGUCAAGAAGAAGUUGGGCUACACUGAACAGUCGUGGGCUGAAGUCGAUGAAAGCAAUCGCUGGGCUGGACAAUCCUGA